AGAAGAAAGGGAUCCAAACAAUGUCAGCAACUGAAAUAAGCCUAAUAGGUCUACUUAUUUUGAUGAUAGUUUGGCAGACCGUCCAGUUUUGGAUUUUCUGCGUCACUAACGAAAAAAAACUGAAAAAGCGUAGGUUAACAUUCUGAAACCACUCGAUUUUUCUAUUUAUAUACUCACACAUCUGAAACAACUCGAUUUCUCUUAUUAUAUACUCACACAUCUGAAAACACUCGAUUUCUCUUAUAAUAUACUCACACAUCUGAAACAACUCUAUUUUUCUAUUUAUAUAUUCACACAUCUGAAACCACUCGAUUUUUCUAUUUAUAUACUCACUCAUAUGAAACCACUGAAAUAUUUUCAUUCACUGUAUGGGACCGAGCUAUUGCUCUUUAAUGGCCCCGGCAAGUAUGGAACAGGCCUGCCUCAUCUGCUGGGCAGACCCGUAUAACAGGCUCUCGACGUGGUUGGCUGGGAGCACCCCAGUCACGCCAGUCGCUAAUGUUGGGCACACGGCUAGAAGGUGCUCUACUGUCUCCGGUGCAUGUCCACAAUGGCGGCAGCUCGGGUCCCGUAGUGGGUUCAACCUAUUUAGAUAGCUCCUCGUGGGGCAGUGCUCUGUCCACAUUUGUGUUAUGAGGCUCUGCUUGUGUCGCUUAAGGCUCCACCAUAUGAAACAACUCGAUUUUUCUAUUUAUAUACUCACACAUCUGAAACAACUCGAUUUUUCUAUUUAUAUACUCACACAUCUGAAACAACUCGAUUUUUCUAUUUAUAUACUCACACAUCUGAAACAACUCGAUUUUUCUAUUUAUAUACUCACACAUCUGAAACAACUCGAUUUUUCUAUUUAUAUACUCACACAUCUGAAACAACUCGAUUUUUCUAUUUAUAUACUCACACAUCUGAAAUCACUCGAUUUUUCUAUUUAUAUACUCACACAUCUGAAAUCACUUGAUUUCUCUUAUUAUAUACUCACACAUCUGAAAUCACUUGAUUUCUCUUAAACAUACUCACACAUCUGAAAUCACUCUAUUUCUCUUAGAAUAUACUCAAACAUCUGAAACCACUCGAUUUCUCUUAGAACAUACUCACACAUCUGAAACCACUUGAUUUCUCUUAUUACAUACUCAUACAUCUGAAACCACUCGAUUUCUCUUAGAAUAUACUCACACAUCUGAAAUCACUCGAUUUCUAUUAGAAUAUACUCACUCGCCUGAAACCAUAUACUCACAAACUGAUUCUCUUAUGCCAACGCCGGCAUUUAGGGUGUGCGACCUGUGCCCCCGUACAGGAUCCCGUGGCCUUUGGGCGCCUGGGGCUAGGGCGCCCAGUAAAUAUUUAAAUUCCCUUAGCUUAUUAUAUGAUGUGUGAGCCUCGGGUCCGGGGUCGAGAAACGGUAUUCUACUAUUUCGUAUUAUCGCUUUUCAUCCACUGAAAGUUGCAUUCUAAAUUUGGAUACUAACACUGGGGUGGGACAAACCGAAAGGGCGUGGAAAUUAAUUUAUCAAUCCCGAAGGGGACUCCGAACGGGUGCUUCACACAGUGUGAGCAUUUACCUAAGGCCGGCGUUGGUGAUGCAUCGACAGGGUUGUCUUCAUUUUGAAUUUUGUGCAUAUGAGCAGUGGCAUGGGAAGAGGGGUGUGUGGCAGGGUUGGCAUUAGAGGGUGUCGAACGGUGUGAUCGCCGAUAGCACGCGCAUGUAAGGACCCCACGCUUGUAAGGGUCUCGCGCUUGUUAGAGUCCCGUGCCUAUAAAGGCCCCGCGCUUGUAAUAACCCCGCGCUUGUAAGGGCCCCACGCUUGUAAGGGUCUCGCGCUUGUAAAGGUCCCGCGCUUAUAAAGUCCCCGCGCUUGUAAGGGCCCCGCGCUUGUAAGUAACAAAGUGUUACUGAGAAAAUUGUCUGCAUACAAACUGGUCACUCUCAAAAACAUUUUGAAUGAUAUUUAUUGUAAACAUAGUAUAAAGUACUUUACUGGGGUGCUUAUGCCUUAAGGCAUAUAUAUAUAUAUAUAUAUAGGACCUAUAUUUUUUGUUAGGGGGGUCAUCUCUAUCCAGUUGAGGACCCUUGAUACUAAACCAGGGGUUCACAAUUUUCCUGAACAACAUUAUAUUGAUCGUCUUCAUUACUUUUUUCAUCAAUGUCAGAUUCACUGCUAAAAUAUCAAAGUCACUAAGGAUCGUUUGUUUGGUGCCAAUGUCAGACAUUUUGGACUUUUACCAUGUUACUUGCAGCACACACAAAAAUUCCCGAACACAAUAAAAACUGGUAAACAAGAAACGAAGGCCACAAUUAAAAUGGCUCGAUGUCAAGGAAUUUGUAAGAAUCAAUUUGAUUAGCUGUUACGAAGACCAGCCAGCCAAUCUCGAGACUUUAUAGAUCCGGCCGAUAGAUCGGACAGCGGUAUAUUUUUGCUACUUCACUUUGUGCCGAUGGAUCAGCCCAUUCAUUAAGAGGGUUACAUUUGUUUUGUUUUUUUUUGUUUUUUUGUUUUUAUUUCCAAAAAUAAUUUGACAAUCUCAGUUUUGAAAUAGCGUUAUUGAUAUUUUAAAUCAGCCACUCAUGGAGGAAUGGUAAAUUGGGUGGGAGUGCGGAAGGGGGGGUGGGGUGAAGAGGAUUGCCAUUUUUAUUUUUAUUUUUUUGUGGGGGGGGGGCGUAAAAAUAAAUGAGCUGGGAGCAGGGGGUAAGCAACAUGCCGAAAAAUGUCGACAAAAGGGGAGGUGGUAUAAAAGUUGUGUUUAUUUUUUGCGGACGCACCUUAUGAACAACCUUCAAGGUCAUACUUAAAGGUCAUACUGAACAUGUUCAGUUUCAACUAAUUUUAUAAUUGAAUAUUUUUUUUUAAUAAAGCAGUGGUGUCUGUAAUUUUAAUUCUCUUUCUUUGUGCUUACUUUCUCUUUUUUUCAGUGUCUGCCGAGAAAAACAAUUUGGAGAUGGAACUGUAAGUCCAAGUAUUUGGUCAUUCGUAUGAUAAGUCUAAGUAUUUGUCAUUCGCAUUUUUAAAAUAAUGAUUCUAACAUUUUAUUUAAACAUAGAAACGCAACCGUUAUAAAAAUUAUCAGUGUAAAAUGUUAUUUCCAAUUGCAUAAGUAAACUACAUAUUUAAGCAACAAAUUAGGAUCUACGUGGUUUGAUAUUACAUACGCUUAAAAAAAUAUCAAAGAAAAAAAAAGCACGUUUGAGAGAUAUCGGAAAUAAACAGAACAUUUAGUUGUGCUCGUUUUUAAUCCUUAUAGUGCACGUUUGAGAGUGGAGCAAGAGGGAGGCCCAGCUGAUUUAUCCAAUCUGAGUUUACAACAACAGUCCGCUGCUGCACUGAAUCCUGACACAGGAGAGGAUCCCGCUGCUUCACCAACUCCUGACACGGAAGUGGAGCUCGCUGCUGCACCAACUCCUGACACGGAAGUGGAGCUCGCUGCUG